UCCUGCCAAAAACCGUGAAAGGGAAUUGCUGCUGCGGGAGGAGGAGCAACCACGUUUAUUAGUAAAAACGUCUUGAUUUGCCGGGUUUUGACUAAAAUUAUAUACGGCAGUAUUGAAAUCGAUUGAAGUAACAUUGGGCAGAAGAUAAUUUAACUCUUAUCACUGGGGUGAGCUCAGCCAGAACUUCCUGCAAGAGCUCUGCAACUGGUGCAUUUGAUUUUUGCCAUUAGAAUGGCCUGUGGAAUUACCUAUAGAAACCAUUUUUAAUUAAUAGUUAACCAGCAAAUCUCAAUACAUAUCUCUCUGUUCAAAGUCCAACUUCAGCCCAUGCUGGAAUUUACCUUUCUGUCCUGGGGACGAAUCACCACGCCAGCGUUCCCAUCGCCGGGUUCUCCCACGUCACCCCGCUGCCAGAGGAGGGUGGCAGGUUCUGCCCCGUUGCCGUUGACGCCCAGUGCAUUAAUCUGUUGUUCCGUUCUUUUUUUGAAGCUGACGGAGCUGUUGGAAUGGUACACCUCCACCUUUAGAGACCCCCUGAUGCUCCAGCCCCCGGCGUGGUUUAAGGCGUUCAUGUAUUGCGAAGCCGUCCUGCAGCUGCCCUUCUUCCCCGUUGCAGUUUACGCCUUCUUGAAAGGUGGCUGCAGAUGGAUCAGGACUCCUGCCAUUAUCUACUCCACCCAUGCAGCUACGACUCUGUUUGCCAUCCUGGCCCAUAUCCUGUUCCACGACUUCUCCCCGUCGGAGCAGCCGGGCCCUCAGACGCAGCGCGAGCGCCUGACCCUGCUCUCUGUCUACGUGCCGUACCUGCUGAUCCCGCUCCUCAUCCUCGUCACCAUGCUCUACCACCCGCACUACAACCACGUGGAGAAAAGGAAAAGGAAGUAGCCCGCUCCGGAAGCCGUACGCACGACGCUCACGCCGGUUUUGAUUCGGACCCUGUGCUGCCGCAGUCCUUGGACAAACAUCUGCCUCGUGGUGUUGCGAGCGUGUCGGGCUCCUGCAGGAAGAGUUUGAUCUGGUGUGAGCUCACGGCUCCUUCCAUCAGAAAAAGCUCUGGCAGAGGCCUGCGCUGGCGCUUCGGGUGGUUUCUGGGCACGCGCAGGCGAUGGGCCCUCGCGGUCCAUCUGCAACGGGAAAAGGAACUUUCACCACUCGUUUCCGUGUGGGAUGGAGCGGGGAAGCUACAGCUGGUACUUUUCUUUCAAGUUCCCUUUUUCCAAGAUGACCGUUAGAAAACCACUGAAGUAAGAAAAUUCUCUCCCAAGAGUGUAUUCUGCAAAAUCCGACCUGAUCCCGUACAGAUUUGCAGAUCUGUGCUUUUGAGGCAUUUCAAAUCAUAAUUCUUACCCUCCGUGCCCUUUCCUUUAAAAUUUCACCUUCCUUUGCUCUGCUUCUAUUUUAAUUGUGAAUGUCUGAUCAGUGAGAAACGUGCCGAAAUCUGGAUUUAUCAAUGCUCAGAGUUAACUUUGCAACAAGGCAUACUUCUCCUUCCGAGAAUUGUGGAGUACUCCGGGAAUUGUAAACAAGGGUUUGUAAACUUCUCUCUUCCAUCAAAUCACUUCUAGCAUGGAAAUAAUUAAACGCAUUAAACUGCAUUUGAUCUUCUUAAGGGAAUGACUAAAAUGAACUUAAAAUGAUCAUGAGAUCGUAGAUAGUUCACACAACAAAUUAAGGCACACGUCACAGUAAAUAAAACCUACUACUGAUAGAAAUUCUGGGGGGGUUGGUUGGGUUUGGGUUGUUUUUUUUUUUUAAAGUUCUCAGCCUGACCUACAAGAAUCAAACUUGGAGCCUUGUGUAAGAUUACAGAUCCCCAAGAAGGUUUGUCAGUCACUGCCUCUAUUUCAGGACUUCACUGGUGUAAGAUUUAAACCUUCCCCGGGCUCUGAAAAGGCCGACGUUGCCUAAAGACAGACCUAAACCACAUCUAUUUGCACUUCAACACAGGGCUUGAUUUCAGAUCACAGGCAUUCAGCUUCUAAAUGUCCCACUCACACUUAGCGUCUACAGAGUCUGGGUGUCUCUGCAGGCUCAGAACGGUUCCUCCCAUCGGGUUACAUCCGAUUAUUAUUGCUAAUUAUCACUAAUAAAGCCCAUGAAAGAAUUUACCUCUGAUAUAACUACCUGCAGG